AUGGACGGCGCAGAUGCACCUGUCUCUGAUGUGCUCUCCCAAGGAGAUCAUUCGGAGCCCCCUCAUGGCAAGCAUGUCUCAGAAGGUCUUCCGCCGCUUCUCGUAAUCGAGGCUGGGGAGAUUGAAACACGCCUGCGCAAGCACGCUCUGGAGCUGACAGAGCCGGCCAUCUCCCGAACAGUCCUCUUCGAGGGCAAGCUGCGGGAAGUUCGUGUGGCGGCGGAGCGCAAUGCCGACAACCUGAAGCAGCUGCACCAGAAGCUCUCUAGCCAAGACGGAUUGAAGAAGACUAUCGACUCCUUCCGCUCUGAGCUUGGCGAAUGGGACAGAGAGCGACGGGACCACGAGCACCUCCUAAACGAGAAGACCUGCCUGCAGGAAAAUGAGCUGAGUGCUCUUCGCAAGAUGAUUGAGGUGCAGGCCUACUCGACGGAGGCGUGCCAGAGAGGUCUGAAAAACGUAGGGGAUCUGAUUGCUGCGACAAAGGACGAAGUCACCCAACUUCGCGAGUACUGCUGCGAAAGGGUCGAUGUUAAUAGAGACAAGAUCAUGAAGCUCAGAGAUGAGAUUGAGUCAAAGUUCGCAGCAAGUGAAAGUACACAGUUCAAGCUGCAUGACGACGUCACGAACAUGGCCACUGUUUUUGCCCACCUGAAGUCUGAGAUGGAGCGCAUUGGCUUGGUAACGGCUGAAACAAUGGAGAGUGUUGCCGAUCUCUGGCGUGCAAAGGCUUCGGCAUCCAGUGUCGAGGAGCAGCAGCAAACAUUCAUCGAAUUUCAGCGGAAUCUGAAUGAUGCGGUCGCUGCACUCAGGCUACGGGUCAACAGCGUGGUGGAUGAAGUGAAGGACCACUUUCAGACAGCUGUCCGGGUGAUCUCAACAUCCACAUCCAAGCAGAUCGACACCAUGCGAACAAAGUACGCUGAGGACAUUGGCCGCAUGGACGAGGUCAUGCAGCAAAACGAGAGCCUGAACCAGAUACUCCGAGGAAGCGAAGACCAAGCAAAAGCUCAUCUGCAGCAGCUGCAGGAAGACUUGAACAAACAGAUCCAGGAGCUCCGACUUGGCCUUCAGGAGAAGGUGAAGGUGGACCCAGUGAGCGAGCAGUACGUCUUGGAGGUCCAGCAGCUGCGGAGGGCUUGGAAGGACCACCAGGAAAGCUUAGCCGUUCACGAUCGGGCGCGAGCGCUGGAGAGGGACGCAAUGCAUGCCAUCGUGGAGAGUCAGCUCAUCGCAGCACAGAUGAACGUCCAAGACGAUCAGGACAGGAAGAACGUUGCCCUCUUCGGCUGCAAGCCGGAGAAGGGCGAUCGGGAUGGUCUGCUACCCAAUAUCGAUCAGACUCCACGGAAGAAGGAGGUCAAGACCACAUCUCCCAUCAUCUCCCUGGAUAAGCGCUGCCUUUCCUGUUGCAGCAACACUGGCACUGUCCUCGCGGGCUUCAAGAUCGCCUGCUUGAAUUACACACCUGGUCCUGUGGAGUACCACCAGGUCUCCUAUUCUCGUGCAGAGCUCCUCCAUUUGCAGGCAAAGCUCUUGGACCAAGCCCAAGACCGAAUGCACCGAGCGGCAGGUGUGUGA